CCUUAUAUCAGACUGUGUGUGUGAGGCUCCUGAAUGGAAGUGGAGACUAAGGGAUCACCGGACCCCGGAGGAUCACCAAAUUUGGCACAAACGUGUGUGAAUGUAUCAGGAACCAGGAGAGAUCAGCAAGAGCCGGAUCCCUGCUUUGGUUCUCAAGUUAUGAAUAAUGAAAGUUUUGCUGGUGGGUGUGGCCAGUCAGCCAUUACCUGUGUAAGUGAAGAGGAUUGUACAAAGCAGUUAAUUGUGAGUGGAAGAGAAGCAGCUGCUGCUGGACACACUGUGAGUAAUUCUGAGUUGGGAAAUGCUGUAGUUUCUGAGGGAAUUGAUGGGAAAGGCUGCUCUGUAAUUGAGCCCCAGGCUCCAGGGCCUGCACCUUCUCCUGCUUCUGAUUUGUCCCAUGUGCCCUUGGGGGCCCCAGUUGUGAUGUCGUCUGUGAACUCUCCCCUAGUACAUGAUCUGCUCCAAUUUGGGUCAGAAUCUGAUCUGUGUAACCAAAGUUAUAUGUUUUCACCUAAUGGAACUGUUAUCCCUGAUUUAACCUCUGAAGUGCAUUGGCCCAGCCUGUCAACCCCCCCACAGCAAACCCCCCCACAGCAAGCCCCUGGGUCCCACACACAAGACUCACUGGCUCCUGCCCUGUCUCCUGUAAAUCCUCAGCAACUGGAUCCCUUGUUUGUUUGUCCAGUGCAGACAAGGAGCAAGUCUAAGAUGGCUGCCAAUACAAUUUCCCAUAGGGAAAAGUCUUUACAACUUUCAGCCACUUCACAGUCUUUGUCUAUAAAUUCGUUUGCUGGGCCUUGUAGGGGGGACCCUGAACAACACCCUGCACAAGUUUUAUCCCAAAAUGAGCACUGUAUUCCAACUGCCAAAUGUGUUCUUGAUUCUGCCACAACCAAGAUGGUUGCUACACCUGUACAAAACAGUGGGCAAACAAACGCACGCUAUGAAACUUCUGAAACAAGGUGUGCACAGCAAGUAAUGGCAGGGGGCAGUUGUGGGGGAUCUGGAGGGGCUCCAGAAACUUCUGUACAGUUUACAUUUGAAUCCCAGCAGCACUCUGGUGUGCCAACCAACAAAAUGGCUGACACCUCCAUAUGUGAGGACUUGUUUGCUAACCAUAGCAUUAUGCAAGGAUGUAAAUUGGCUUCUGCUUCACAACAAGUGCUGCAAGUGACCCCUAAUGCAGAUUCUUCCUCUGCCAUGGACCAUGAUGUAGAACUGCGCACCCCAGCAGCUCAUCUGUUGUCGGACACAGCUCAGGGAGUAGACCAGCGUGCCCCAGAAACCACAGACCAGCGUGCCCCAGAAACCACAGACCAGCGUGCCCCAGAAACCACCGACCAGCGUGCCCCAGAAACCACAGACCAGCGUGCCCCAGAAACCACAGACCAGCGUGCCCCAGAAACCACAGACCAGCGUGCCCCAGAAACCACAGACCAGCGUGCCCCAGAAACCACCGACCAGCGUGCCCCAGAAACCACAGAUCAGCGUACCCCAGCAGCUCUUUUGUGUACAGAGCUUUUAGCUCCUGUUGCUAGCUCCUUGCAACACUGUCCAGUUGAGGAGAAUCCUCAAAAAAAUCAGGAUGGUUUGAUAGACAAUGUUUGUUCAACUGAUAUUGACUUGACCAAUACUGAUGACAAUGUAUGUGCUUUUCCUAUGGCAGAGGGAGAGAGCUCCACUAAGGUGCAUGACCCACUCCAAUCAGGGGUGGUGGUUGUGGUGUUAGACUGUGAUGAUGAUUAUUUCUCACCAGAUAUGAUGGAGGAGGAGGUACAGGAGGAUGAGGCAGCUAGGAAACGCAGAGAAGAGUCAGAGGCUUACUCCAAGGAGUCUGAGCUCCUUGUACAUGCAUAUGUUGAGAGAAAGGAGAGGGAGGACAGGGCUAAAGAAAAGGGGUUGAGGAGGUCCCAGGUUCUGCAGCCUUCUUCCAAACCCAGUACUAGUACUCUGGCAUCUCAUUCUUCUGCAGCUAUACCCCGGGUUGGCCCUGUCCAGCAAUCAGUUAGAGUUGCACAGCAGUCAGCAGAGUCCAGACCUCAGGCCUUACCUGCCCCACCCCCACCAGUAAAUGCUUGGUCCACUAAUCGCUUGAGAAGCACUGACUUAAAUACUCCAUCAGUUUCUACUGGUCCCACUUCUACCAGGAGGAAUGCAGUGCAGCUUAAAUGGGUGGGCCCAAUAGAGGAUUGCCCGGACCGAGAUUAUGUUGUGGAUAUACUGCUCAAGGCACACUUGCAGUUCAAGGUUGAUGAUCAGGUGUGGGCAGUAAUAAAGCAGAGAGAGGUAGAAUUUGACAUCAGUUUCAAACUCCCUGAAUACCUAGAUAUGUUCUUCACUAGGUACAACUUGAAGAAAAACAAUGAUUUGUGGAAACAAUUUAGAGUGGUUCCUUUAACAAAACAGGCUCUAAAACAUGUCACGGUUGUUUUCAAACAUGAAAAUAUUGUAAUGGAGGACAUUGUUUUCUGGCUACGGCGUCAUUGUGAUAUUGUUUCCCCCCUAAGGAGAUGUUAUGACAGACAUGGUGUAUGGGAUGGGUCUUUCAAAGUCACGGUUAAGCUCUGGAUGCGUAACCACGCUCAAGUACACCUCCCAAACUCAUUCUUCAUAGGGAAAGACAGGGGGGUUCUCUUUUACGUAGGGCAGCCAAGAAGGUGCUUUAGGUGUGGGAACCUUGGACACUUUGCUGCUCAAUGUGCAGUUAAGCGUUGUUCUAAAUGUGGAGAGGUGGGUCAUGAGGCAAGAUCGUGUGACAAAGUGAUGUGUAACUUGUGUGGAGAGGCAGAUCAUGUACAUGAUGACUGUCCAAUGGCUUGGCAUAAUGUCACCAGUGAACUCAUUGAAAUGGAAACUGCCCUGCUUACUGGUAAUGACACCAGGCCCAAACAAACUAGUGGCCAGACCCAAACUAGACUGCUUGAAACAAACGCUGUGAGUGACAUUCAACCAGCAGUUGCGCCUGCUACGCCAUCUAGGCCAGAGCUUGCUUCAGUACGUAUUGGUUCUCAUGGCUCUACAUCCAUGGCCGCUGGCAGUUGUGCUCCUGUAGAAGCUGCCCCUCAACUGUCACCCCCUACAGGUCAGUCUCUGGUUGCCCCUAUGACUGCUUCAAAUGAGGUUUCCUGUACAGUGAGAGAAGUACAGAAGAAUUUGGUUCAGAGUCAGGAUGCUCCACAGUCAAACCACAGUCUGGGCUCUGUACAGAGUCAGCGGUCUUCUCGGACUGCUCCUUGUCAACCAUCAAAUGAGGCCUCUGAGACAGCCUCUACUUCUCAUAUUUCUCCUUCCUUACCAAUCCUCUUGGGACAAGCCCAGGGGGCUUUACUAAAGCUUUCACAAGAGCGUGAUCACACACAAGGGUUGCAAAGUGCUGAUGAGGAGACUCAUCUCAGCGCUACGCCAAACUUGGAAAAUCUCAUUAGCCAGCCCUCAUCAGACCCUGUCUGGGAGAUGCAGGCUCCAAAAGGUAAAAAGAGAUCCCAUCCAGGGAAAGCUGUUUUGUCUACCUCCAAUAGGUACCAGGUCCUAGCCAACAUCGGCAACAAGUUUUCUGAGCCACAGGAGCUUGAUGAACCUCCAGAGGAACCCAUAGGUAACUGGGGUGACUCAGUAGACCCAGGCGAUGUUGACAGUCAGGCACUAUCACAUGUCAGUGAGACUCCUCAGGCUUGUCAGCCCUUGGAGGAAUCAAAUAUUGAAUCCUCUGGCAGCUCCUCGGUUGUAAAAAAAAAGAGGAGAAGGAGGAGCUUAAGGAGAUAG